AUGCCUUGCGAAGAACGACAAGAAGUCGUCCUGACACUGGAGAAAAUUCCUACUCCGCGCUCCAGCCUUGCGCAGAAGAUAUCAGAUGGGGUCUCUUCGAUAAACCGAGUUUUGCGGAACUUGGCUGCCCAAAAGGAGAGUGGAGGAGGAGUCGCGCACCAAUCACCACCCGACUCUUCCUCGGUCUACGACAAGAUCCGAUUACUCAACGGGCAGGCAGCAUGGACCCAUAGGCCUCCUCCCUGGUAA